AUUGGACGAGUACGUUUGGUAAGUGGUCUGGCUUGUCUUCCUGGAUGUAAAUAAUUGGUUACAGCACAACGAGAGGAGGUUUACAUACCACCUAUUCCUGUACCAUUUCUGUGUUGACCUUUGACCUGGUAGAACAGCACCAUGCCGUUCUUUGGGAGUUCCAAAAAGAGUCCCCAGGAACUAGUGAGGGCCAUCAAGGACCAGCUGCAGGUCCUGGGCACCAAGUCCGCCAAGGGCUAUCAGACCGACAAAAAGGUAUCGGAGGACCUGACAAAGAACCUGCAAGUGAUGAAAACUAUGCUGUAUGGCAGUGCUGACUCGGAGCCGUCAACUGAAGUUGUAGCCCAGCUGGCCCAGGAGGUCUACAAUACUGGCACCCUGAUAUUGCUCAUCAAACAUCUAAUCCGCAUUGACUUUGAGGGUAGGAAGGAUAUUGAUAGAAUAUUCGCUAACCUUUUGAGACGACAAAUUGGUACACGUAUGCCAACAGUAGAAUACCUGUGUACCAAACAGGAGGUCCUGUUUGAACUUUUAAAUAAGUAUGAGGAGCCAGAGACGGCCUUACUUGGUGGACGCAUGCUACGAGAAUGUUGUCGCAUAGAGAGUCUCACCAAAAUACUCUUAUAUCACGAGUCCUUUUAUAAAUUUUUUGAUUACGUUGAACUGUCAACGUUUGAUAUCGCCUCUGAUGCAUUUUCUACGUUUAAGGAAUUACUUACUAGACACAAAAUACUGUCGGCCGAGUUUCUAGAGGCCAACUAUGAUAGAUUCUUUGUCAACUACCAGAAGUUGCUCAGUUCAGAAAACUAUGUAACGAGACGACAAGCCCUGAAACUACUAGGAGAGUUGCUGCUAGACCGACAUAAUUUCACUACAAUGACCCGCUACAUCAGUAGUCCAGACAACCUCAAACUGAUGAUGAAUAUGCUGCGCGAGAAAAGUCGUAAUAUACAGUUUGAGGCCUUCCAUGUGUUCAAGGUGUUUGUAGCAAACCCUAACAAGCCAAAACCAAUUCUGGAUAUACUGUUACGGAACAAGGAGCGCUUAGUAGACUUUCUUACCAAAUUCCACACUGAACGGUCGGAGGAUGAACAAUUCAUUGACGAAAAAACAUAUCUCAUCAAGCAAAUCACAGAACUGUCUGGCCCGAAAGAUCAGAUGGAGGUGAAAUGAAGUCGCUGAAGUGGUGGGUCACACAUCACCUAAUGGAGUCAACGCAUUAGAUACAAUAUGUCUGAUGUGAGUGACCACUCGAGAUGCAAUGUAUAUUGAAACUAUAAGUGGUCGCUAUAGGUAAAAAUGUAUGAAUUAUACAACAAGGCACUCUACAUUUGACUACGUUCAGACAUAGGCGGUGGCCAUUGUUUUAUUAGAACAAAAGGAACCUGUAGCUGUAGUAGUGUGCCAUCUACUACGUACAAGUGUUAGAAACGCUUACAUGGAGCGCUUCUGUACUGUUGUCACAAUGUAGAUCUAAAUAUUAUUCCUCUGCAAAAUCUACUAGGUACAGGACUAGAUGUCAUCUACAUUUGUACAGUGUUCUUGCUAUCACUGUACAAUGUGUCCGACAUCCAGCUUAAUUGUCUAAAUAACUGCAGAGUACUACUCCUGUUAUUCCUGUAGAAUGUUGGAAACUCCAAUGCUUUCACAAAUAUUUAUCAAUAGUAAAAUAUAUGCUUUGUAUUGCUAAUUUCACUUGCUUUUUAAAGCAUUGAUAAGGAGCGUUAAGUCUAUGGAUAUCAGAUUUCUUGACGACUUCUACAAAAUAUAGUUUUGCAUCUAAAACUCUGUAGGAUUAAAAUUGGUUUAGCUGUCAUAGGUUUUGACAGUAGGAUUAAAAUUGCUUUAGCUGUCAUAAGUUUUGACAGUAGGAUAAAAUUGGUUUAGAUGUCAUAAGUUUUGACAGUACAUAGCUAUAGGAUUAAAUUGGUUUAAUAGCUGUCAUAAGUUUUGACAGUAGGAUUAAAAUUGGUUUAGCUGUCGUAAGUUUUGACAGUAGGAUUAAAAUUGGUUUAGCUGUCGUAAGUUUUGACAGUAGGAUUAAAAUUGGUUUAGCUGUCAUAAGUUUUGACAGCAGGUUUACUGAUCUGGUCAAUUAUUCAACAAUAGUAUGUUAUGUAAUUUUAAAAGUAUGAUACCUAUAUAAAGUAUUCCUUGAGAAUGAUUCUGACGGAAUAAAUAUUCCCCAGUUGGUAAGUCUACAGAUUUUUUCCUUGUGGGGGGGUUUGAUUUAUGUCAUUAAUUUGUUUAUUUUCGUAGUUUUGUUUGGUAUUGUAAAAUGUGCAGGACAACACUAUUUUUAUUGAGUAAGUGAAGUAGUGAUGUGAGUAUACAGGUUGUCCUUUCUCUUUAGGACACAGUUAUAUCAUUAUAUGCCAUAUAACUAGAUAAAUAUGCCUUUUUGUAGGUUUUUGUUACAUUGUUAGUGAAACACUUGUCAGCUUUUGAAAUCAAGGUCCUCCUUUCAGACUUUUUGUUUAGUCAAGAGAAUGUUAGUACUGAAUCUGAGAUAUACAAUGGAUUACUGCAGGUUAUUAACUCUUAAUCAUAAGUCACCAUAUAUAUAAUCUUAUUAAUCAUGCAGAAAUUUUUCAAAUCUACAGCCUCUCAGGUUUCUUUGCAAAUCUUUACUUAUUAUUUUACAACUCUUUGUUACAUCAUCAAUUAAUUUGGGAUUUGAAAUAUUAGAAAAAAAUCUAAACGUGUAAUGACGACGGGAGACUUUGGAUUUCAUAUCAGAUUUGUUGUUGAUUAAAAAUUUGUUGAAAAACUGUUUCAGUCAUUAAGAAAUUUGUUUUUACAUUUUAUUUUACGAUGAAAUCUCGAGCUGUAUACAAUAUAAAAGUAAUAAAUUGGUACCUUUAGUUUGAUAGGUAGAGUAUUUAUGAUGUUGAAUAAAAUCUGAUUAGAAAAUAUAUGGGACCGACAGUAGUUAAAUGUAUCUUAUGUUUUACUUAUGCAUAAUUUAGUGAAUUUAAUGGAUUAUUUUAUGUGAUGUUUGGUUUUGUUGAUGUAUAUUAAUAUGUGGUCCUAUAAAAGAUCCACUUAACAAUUCUAUUACUUUAUAUAUAUUGGCAUGUUUACAGAAAACAGUUUAAAAUUUACCACAAUAAAUGUUACAUGUAGUUAUUUUAGCCUCUUAAGGCUUUCAUGAACGAUGCUGUAUUUUUGAAAUCCAAGUCAUUGUUAAAGGAAACCAAUUGUGCAGUAAUAUGUGGAAAGAUGGUAUAAUCUAGAACAUUAAAAGAAACAUAUUAAUAUGUAAUUUCUAAAUUUUAAACUGUUUCCUCCCCAAACCUAGCUCUUACGCACAGUAUAUUUUGAACUAUUUGAAUGUUUUGCAGAAAUUUGAAAAGAAUUUUUAUUAUAAGGCUUAGUAUAGAUAUAGCCUUCUAUCAGUAUCUUGUGAUGUUUUACAAUCAGUAAUGACAAAAUAAUGACUUCUACAGAUUGGUCUUUAACAUUCUGUAAAACAUAAUUUAAUCAGAUAUUAAUCUAGUAUUGUAUAAACCAGGUUCUCUAUAAUGAAAUGGUUAUAAAUUUUCACCUUGAUUUCUCGGAAAACUUAACAAAGAGUGUGCAACACCUGAAACAAGUUUUUAAACAGGAUGUUCCAAUACCAUGGAUCUCGUACAGCUUGUUGCAGUUUUUAAGUACAUACAUGAUGAAUAUUUUAUUGGAAAUAUUUUCUGCACCCAGAAAGUAAAAUCUGUGUCAUAUCUUAUUUUUGAAUAUGGACUAAAGAACAAUACAUGAUACAUGUGAUGUAAAAUGAGGGAUAAGAGAUUCAUAUGAAUAUGAUGAGGAGUUUUGUAAAAAGGAGAUGUGAAAUGGGAUAUGGUUUUGUAAGGUAGAGGAUUCAUUUCCUAUGAAGUCCUAACUUUCUACAUAAGAUGAAAAUUAGAUUGAAGGAAUAUUUCUUGUGUAAAUUUAUAUUAAACAUUCAAGUCAAUGUUGGGUAUAUAUUUCUUGUUUGAACAUAAGUUAUAAGACAUCCUUGUUAUUCUUGUAACUGCCUUUCUGAAAAAUGUGUUUAUGGAGAAUUAAUAUCCUAAGUUUAUCUCAGGGAAGAAUAUGGUUACAAGAUACUCUUCUUUACCAUAAGUGGCCACCACCAAAGAUGUAAGACAAAACUAAUAGCACAGAUAAAUAAUCAUAAAGAAGAUAUUGAUUGGUUGAUUAUGUUUUUUCCCAUUGUCUGUCUAUAGACAUACGUGUUAUAAUGUGACUUUCAUUGUUCUGAAUCUUUUAAUAUAGCAUUCAGACCAAAGUUUAUGAAGCUUCAGUUGCUAUCAUUAAGGCAAAUUAAAACACAAUAAAAGUUUAUACAUAAUAUGUCCUAGAAACUAAAAUUAUCAAUGUAGGGACUUUAUAUGACUAGAGGCAUGAGGUUUGCUAUUGCAAGGGGAGACAACUAAAAAAAAUAGCUGAAAAGAUGAAGUAUGUUCAUUAUUUGAACUUUUAUGGUUUUAUGCUUUUCUCCAAAGAAUAUUUGAUAUCUAGCACAAUUAUUUCUGUGAAUGGCAAAUUUCUAGGAGACAUUUUUUAUAUAAAGAAAAAGCAGAUUCUGUAUUCAAUAAAUGGGCUGAUGAUUUUUAUUUUAAUAUAAUAUCUUACAAAUCUUAACAGAUGAUAUCUUAAUACAAGUUAAAAAAAUAUGUUCUGGAGAUUUCAGCAAUCAUAAAAAUUGAGUUCAAAGUAUUAUAAGUCAAAAUCUGAAAGAAAGAAAAAAUUCACCCCUCGAGAGUAAAAUCUGGCAUUUCACAGGAAAUUUUGGAGGAGAAAAACCAAUACUGUAAGUUUAAGUGAUUUCACUAGUAAUUUCUGACUUAAUACUAUAGACAGACCAGUAAUAAAACAGUUACUGUUUUAAAACUGUCAAAAGAACAAUGGAUUUUAGUAUCUGUGAUUAUUACAAUACCUUGUUCUUAAGUUUCAAAGAUUUGUGAUAUAUAUAUUUAGUGCUAUUAAGAUUAUUAUUGAUGUAUACUUGGAAGUGCUAAUACUGCUGUGUACUAGUAUAGAAGAUAAUAUUUACUAACUUACAUAGAUACACCUUGAUAUGCUUAUCUGAGUAUAGGCAAAUGUAACUUCUCUGUGAAUGUUAUCAGUCUCUGUUAUCACACUAGGUAACUCAAUGUAUAAAGUAUUAAUAAAAAGUACAUAGAAACUGUAAUGUAAACUUAUCAUCUAUAUUAAUACAUGUACAAGGUUUAUGAUAGAUGUUAAUUUAUGUAGUUGAUACAUUUAUAAAUAAAAAAGAAAGUUUUUCUCAUAUUUCUCUAAGGUGUAAAUUAAGUUUAAAAUUUCACUUUUUUUUUUUAAAUUUUAGAUGUCAUUUUGGUUUUUCUUCUUUUUAUGAUUUGAUUAAUAUUAUAUAGAAACAUUGAGAAAGGCAUUUGUUACCUUCAGUAAAAAUAUUAAGUAUUGUAACAAGUGUCUACCUAUCUGUCAACUUUUAAACACAUUUGUCACUAAAUGUACACAGUAUUCAGCUAGUUAUAAGUACAUCUAGAGAAAUCCAUGUGUCUCAGUCAGUAAAAAGAAAGUUCAAAUACAUCAUAGUAUUUCUGUAAUAACUUUAGACAUGCGGUGUGCUGGUCUUCAUUUUACUGUAGGCACAGUAGUUAGUUCUAUAUAGCUUUCUGUUGAUCACAUAGUUAACUUUCAGGUUUUAUAAACUUAAGGUAAUUCCUGUGUUCUGUUAAAAUUAUCUGAAGGAUUAAUGGUAUGAACAUUGUUUCGGAAGGUUUUUUUUAAAAAUGUCCUUGGUUAUUCUAACAUUGCCAGGCAUCCUAUUUACAUUUCCUUGUCACUAACAGAGGAAUGCUAUAUCGGUUGUCAGAAAUUGAUCAUUAUAUGAUUGUAGCUUAUUUACACCUGAUUUCAGGUGGUCGUAUAAAGAGACUACAGACCUUGUAGGAGAGAGAGUGUGGCUAUAUUUAGUGUACUCGAGACAAUGGAUGAUGAGUUUAAAAUGUACAAACUUCUUCCUUAUGUUACCUCCAUGUUUAAGGUUUCCACAUAAGAACUAGUGUUUGCUUGUUUAGAUGUCCAGUGUAGUUUUAACUGUAAUGAUAAAUGACAGUUGACUAGAUUACUGUUAUUAGAGGGGUGUGACACUGUCCAUCUGGAUCAGCCACUUACUCCUAUUGUAUAUGGAUAUGUACAUUUAAUGUAUCCUGGUUUGUCAUCAUGUUGUGUAACGAUGGACUAGAUAAGGCUUGUUUUCCAAUGUUUUAACUUAAGUUUUUGAUUGAUCAAAAUGUUACUCUGCUUACUUACUGCAAAAUCAGAAAGGUUAAUAUACGAAUAAUGCUAAUACUAAUGUUUUUUUUUAUAAUUUAUGUCCACAAAUGGUGCAUUAUGGGUAAAGCACACCCAUUGAUAGAUAUUAACAAAUACAUCUGAUACCAAAUCAUCAUUGAGAACUCUUUUGAUAAUUAAAUUUCUUGGGAGGAUCACUGGGACUUUUAAAGCUAGAUGGUUUAUAAUGUUGUACAUUUUGCUCCCUGUAAAUGUGUGGUUUUCCUAUCCUCCGUGUUAUCAUUGGCACAAGUAAAUCAAUCAUGAUAUAUAGUAAUUACAUGUUAUUAUUUGCGAUGAUUUCUUCAUUGUAUUAACUUUAUAGCGUAAACCCUGUAACAUUAUAUAUUGUCUAUACUCACCAUCGUUCCUUUGUAUUUAUUAUAUUGAGGGUUGUAUACUGAUAUAACAGAAUUCUUUGUAGGCUUCAUGGUAGUCAAUCUUGAUAUUGACCGUUAGCUACUGUUUAGUAAAGAGGUACGUCUCUUCAGUCAAGUAAAAAUUCCUCUAUCCCAAAAAUUCAUUUGAUUCUAGGGGUAAUACAGUUGUAUUAUGUAACUAUUGUGGUUAUUAAUCUAAAGAAAUGUCAGUCGGUGAAUUAUCCUGUUAUGAAAGCUUCCUUUAUGGUAGAUUUGGAGGACAAAUAUGUCCAGAGGAUUCCCUUUUUUGUUCUCACAUUUAUUUACAUCAACCCAGUUUUGUUAAAUUUCAUGUGAAGGAAGUAACCAGUCAUUUUCAGACAACUCAGGAUACAUGUACUUCUGAAAUCAGUGAUGACACAUGUUGUGUAUGUAAGACUGGAUUGUUAUUAAAUACAUAUUUACCAUUCCAGCACAGAAAAGGAAAAAUCAUUCAUUGUUAGCAAAGAAUUGGAUCUGAUGUAUAAUAGACCUCCUGAUGACACUCAGUGUAACUUUGCAAGUUUGUUAGAAUUGUUAUGAAAACAUUUUAUCCAUUUAAAUUAAGUAAAAUAUCCUGUACUAAAAAAAACACAAGUUGAUUCGUUGUUUUUUUCAUUGUUAUAUUCUGAAUCAUUAUUUUGUGUAAUAUACAUUUAGUUGCACGUGUGACAUUAUAUAUAUUAUAACCACACAUUUUCAUCAUGUCACAAUGUUUUGUGUGCUUAUAAACAGAAGAAAUCACAUUUUCAUUAUUAAUUAUAUUCCUGAUCCCUAAUGUUCAAUAAAAUCAUGUCGACUGAUCAAAAUCUUUAUCUGCAUGCACUUACGGGUACAUGCUUGCAUGUUUGCAGCAUAUUGGGAAUAAAAAUGAGAUAAUAAUUCUGAAAAUCUUAAGGAUAAAAAUUUAAACAUUUAGACUUCACCUCUUCAGGCCAAUACCCACCUAAAAUCUUAAUAACCUACGGUAAGAUAUACCGUUGGUGGCACCAGAAUCCAUUAGAUUAUCCAAAUGUCCCAAAAAAUGACCAUGUUUUUUUUUCAGUUCAGACUUUUUUCUUCGGUGCUUUUCAUUUCGUAUUUCCUGCAAUUGUUGGGGCGAUUUAUGUAAUAAUAAGUGUUACCAAAAGAUGAUUAAGAUAGAUUCCGGUGUGAUAAUAAAGUUACAUGAUACAUAUAGAAUGUAAAAAGUAUAUAAUUAUAUAUUAAUAGUAUAGCUAUUAAACAGCAUUUUAAUACCUUAUAAUAACAACAGUUUUAUACGUUAUCAGCCAUGUCAUUUUCCACAGAUAACCAGAAUUCACACGUUUAAGUUCGGUUUUCUCCAUGACUUACUACCGGUAUACGAGCAUCCCAAUUGUAAAAUGAUUUGUCAAUACACUUUCUGUUUUAAGAUGAUAUAAUAUACCUCAUAGUGUUUAAAAUGAAGAACUGCCGUAUAAGACUUAAAUUACUGUUGCCAUGGUAAUUCAUGCGAGUCAUUGAAAUUUCCUGAAUUAAUGAUACAGACCUUAUAUACUUGUGUCCUUGUCAUAUUAAAUUUAUUGAAUUCAUGCAAUUUUUGUGAGGCCUAAAGGCUAUUAUAUUAUGAAAUUAUUACAUUUUGUUAAAUAAUUUAAAUUUGACAUAGACAUGAGCAGAGUGAAAGAUCAUCUUUGUUAUAAAUUUUAUUUUAAAAUAUAUGAAAAAAUGUAUUAAUUAAUCAAAUUGGCCUACACAGCACAGUGCCCAACGAAAACCCACAUGGUUGAACAGGUGACCCCAAACCUUAAACAUCUUCUUGCUGGUAUUGAAAAUCAAUGAAGCUUAAAAUGUAUCAGUAUUUCUUGAAAAUUUGUUUUUGAAGACAUUAAAAUCAUGCAGAACGCUGGAUUGUAGGUCUCAGGAAUAUUCUUUGUAUUUUACAAACAAUGAAAAAAGAUGUUGCUGAGACAAUUUUUCCUGAAUUCAUUAACACUGAAGAAACAAAAUGUUGGUUCGCACAGAUUAAAUCUUAGUAUAUGAUAUUGCUAAUCUUUACCUUGAUUUAGAAACAAAGGAAAAAGUACUUGAAAUGUGUAUUUUUUUGACAAAUAUUUCUAUUUAUAGUGUUUGGUUAAGAAUCUUUGUUUAUAAUUCAUGUAAAAUAUUUACCUGAAUACUGUAGCACAUGCAUGUGUAUUAUUUUAAAUGAUUAAUGUAUUUCACAGUGUUAUGUUCCUCAUCAAACAGAAAAAAAUCAUUGGUAAGGCCAUUUGAUUAUGUUACAGGCAAUCAACAAAACAAGACAUUAAAAAGAACGGGAUAACAAA